AUGGCAACUGGGCUCUCCCGUCCCGUCCCGUCCCGACCCGCUGCGGGUUUCUCUUCUGGCAGUACACGGCAGGACCGUCCCGCGCGGGACGCGGUCCUGAAACUGGCUACCCAAUCUCCUACCGCAAAAUGUAAGAGAAGCUACGGCUCGACGCAGAGGAGUAGCUCCGGUGGUGGCUCAGUGAAGAAGACAAGCUCUGGUGGUGGCUCCGUGAAGCAGAGAACCUCCGGUGGUGGCUCGGUGAAGAAGAGAAGCUACGGUUGUGGCUCGGUGAAGAAGAGAAUCUAUGGCUCUACGCAGAGGAGUAGCUCCGGUGGUGGCUCAGUGAAGAAGACAAGCUCUGGUGGUGGCUCCGUGAAGCAGAGAACCUCCGGUGGUGGCUCGGUGAAGAAGAGAAGCUACGGUUGUAGCUCGGUGAAGAAGAGAAGCUACGGCUCGACGCAGAGGAGUAGCUCCGGUGGUGGCUCAGUGAAGAAGAGAAGCUCCGGUGGUGGCUCCGUGAAGCAGAGAACCUCCGGUGGUGGCUCCGUGAAGAAGAGAAGCUAUGGUGGUGGCUCGUUGAAGAAGAUAAGCUACGGUGGUGGCUCGAUGCAGAGGAGUAGAUUCGGUGGUGCCUCAGUGAAGAAGAGAAGAUCCGGUGGUAGCUCGGUGAUAAUCUAUGGCAUGCAGUGGUAG